UAGAUAUUAUAUAUAUAUAUAUUUAAAUAUUUCCACUUCUUCAGCAUUUUAAUGUACAAUAUAAAGUAAAGAGAAAAGUGUGUAGAUGUGGCUGCCAAGCAUAUGACAGAAAAAAUGCAUACACAGAAAAGAAAUGACUACAACAUCAAUUGAGCGUCGGUUUUAAUUUGCUUGAAAAUUUGCGGAGUGUAUUUGAAGGGAGGGUGAGGGGAUUUAACUAGCAAGCUUUGAGCAGAGGAUAAGUGAGGAGGGGAAAGAGCAAGUGCUUUAAAGAGGACGAGAGGGAGUGAGGGAGCAUAUGUGCAGGAGGGUGGGAGGACCGGAGAGAGAGAGAGAGAGAGAGAGAGAGAGAGAGAGGACAAGCGGAUGGUUGCUGUGAAAUCCGUUAACAGGGGAGCUCUGUGCAUUUGUUAGACGUCUUGGCCGCUUGCCCAACUUGGCUCAUUGUAAUCGAGGCAUGAUCGUCGACUCCAGGCAGCCCUCUCUGCCGCCUCGGCUGCCUCGCGCCUGGACCCAGCCCAGCUCUCACCGCUGACAUGGAAAGAGCCGCCCCCAGUGACAUGAUGCCCAAGAGGGAUCAUGAGAGGGAUCUGGAGCUGGACAAGAAGAUUGAGGCUCUCCGCAGGAAGAAUGAAGCACUCAUGAAGAGAUACAAGGAGGUAGAGGAGGACAAGAAAAGGGCAGAAGAGGAAGGAAUGGCACUGCAGAGCCGCAAGGGCAAAGCUGAUGAUCUUACUAUCACAAUCAGCAAGUCCACCAGUCAGGAUAAUCGUGUGGUGGUGACAAAGCCAUUUAGCGGUGGUUCACCAGCUGGCAAAGGACAGCAGGACGCUGGGCCUGACAGGGGGGAAGAAGGCCCGCUGCAGGGUGCUGGCCGAGGCCACAGGAAGCAGCUAAUGGUCACCAUGGCUGGCAAAAAGGGUAAGAGGCUGGUGAGUGAGAGGCCAGAGAGGAGGCCAGGUCCUGCGGACAUCAAGAGCCCUACAGAUGACGGACAUGCCAAGCGCGUUGAGUCAGCAGGGAGGGGGAAGCAGCCACCUCACAUGGCCAAGAGAGACACAGCAGCACAGGAUCAGGUUAAACAAGGUCAGAAGCACACUGAAGAGCAUCACAAGCUUACAGAGCAAUUUCAGGAGCCAGAGAGCCCGCAGGCCAGCACAGACCUCAACAUCCCCACAUCGAAAGAGGAGCAGGAGGAGUAUCUGCGGUGGAAGAAAGAGCGUGAGCAGAUCGAUAGGGAGAGAGUGGCACGCCACAAAAACGCCAAGGGCCAGUGGAGACGAGCGUGGGACAUGGACAAAACUGAGAAUAUGUUUUCAGACAAAUCCAUCCCUGACAGAGACUGGGGGCCCAGCAGCAGAGGUGGACGGAAUGCUAGAAGAGGACAAUCCAGGGUGGAUUCAAGAGGUCAUGAGAAACGAGGAAAAGACAAGGGAGCUAAAAACGUACUGGUGAUGAGCAGUAAAGCAAAAGGCAUAGAUCGUCUUACUGGAAGAGCCAGGAGAUGGCAGGCAAAUGAAGAAGGAGAGAACCUACAGACUUCUGACACAACAUUAGAGGAAUUCUUGGAGGAACUUGAUGCCCUCACAGAUCCUGAGGUAGAAGAGCAGAAAGACCAGGACUCAAAAAUGAAGUUGUCUCCCAGCCCAGUUUCAGUGAGUACAUCGGAGGAAGUGCAUGGAUCCCCAGCUCCUGCGUCAGCUGCUAGCCUGAGAGAGGACUCCCCCGCUCAGGGGACGGAAGAGGCCUCGUCCCCUCGGGGUUUGGAGAAGAAGGUACGCUUCUCAGAAGAACUAAUCCAGGGGGCUCACACUAGGCAAAGCACAGGCUCGCAGGACUCGGUCAGCUCAGAAUCAAGAAGUCUGAGCUCCUUAAAAACUUCCUCACCUAAAAAAGAACAAGGGCUACAGCAGCCUGUUGAAAGUGCCAAGCAGGAUGAUGGUAGUCCUCAGGAUCAGGGAGGUGGUCCGUCUGCUCCUCCUGUUGCCCAGCAGCAGGCACCUGAAACUGAAUGUACUAGAAAAGACAGCCACCUUCUAGCGACUCCCAGCUCCCCCUCCCUUGAAAAAGCCUGUGGCUCUCUACAGGAGGGCUCUGUCCAGCCAGUAGAACUUUCCAAGUGCAACAUCAGCAACGCAAACGCAGAGGAACUAAUAGACUCCGGUCUGUCUGUCCUGAGCCUGGAGUCAGGAGAAACACACCCGACACACUCUACUAGCAGUGACAAGGCAAGAGAGCAUGGGAAGAUUGUUUGAUACUGAAACCAAAUCACAGAAACACAGAGCCUUGCCUCUUUGCAUUUGGAUGCAUCAUUUUGCUUUGGGUAGCUCAUUUGAGGUGUCCUGUUUGUGGCUCACACACAAAACCCAUGGUUGAAUUUUGCUGUGGCGUGUCUCACCCUGUGGAAGUUUUCAAAUGUCUAAAAUUUGACAUAGGAAUGGUUUUUCCCUGCUCAAAUAUUUUUACAUCCAAGCACUUUAUGAGGAUAAAAGGAUGUGUACUGACAUUGUUCAGUACAUUAGUAUGCAGCUUGAGUGCAAUACGACUGAAUGUUUACAUUUGUAUGAAAUUGUCAAGGUACAUAUCAGGAGGCAAACUAAACACUUACAUUUAGGUAGCCCUGGAAAACAAACUUCAACCACAGUAAAAUUAUUUAGUGCCUGAUUCUGCCUCAGAGGUAUUUUCAAUAGAUGAAAUAAACUCUGUAUUAUAUGAUUAUAGAGUAGAGACAGACCUACAGUAGAGUCUGUCUUUCUACUCUCAGAUAUUAUUUAUUAACUGCUUCCAGCAUCAGUCACUGGUCUUUCACGUAUUGGAAAUCAAAAGAUUAUUAAAGGGCACUUUUGACACUUUCUGUCUCACUGGCUACUGUCCCAGACCUUCUUAAGUUUCUAAAUAUUACUACUGACAUAAAUGUUUUUAUCAUUAGUGACAUUUAAUGGGGCACUCCAUCAGUUUUACAGACCAAGCUUAGUAAGGCAUCAUAGUGAGUGCUGCUCAGCUUGUUUAAACAGUUGUACAAUAAUAAUGAUAUUACGUGGCUCUGGAGGAGACAUAAUAACCCCGAUGAUGCCAUUGUAAUGUCAUCCAGGGUAUCUCAAUGUGGAAAUCACAAAAUUGUAACAGAAUUGUAUACUACAAACUGGAGGUGUGGUGCCAGGCAGAAAAAUCCAACAAAGAAAUGCUCUUUGUAUUUGCAUUAUGGGAAAUGUAGUAACCAGUGCUUUUGGAGCUUGGGAACUAAAAGUGAAAAUAUCCUGGCUUCUGCUUUAUAUAUUUAGAUGAUUCUUUUUUAAAUUUGUCUCUCUCCAGCUGUAUGUAAGAAAAGAUGUAAAUUGCUGGAGUACCCCUUUAAUGUCCAUACAGCAGUCAGCAUAAUCCACAUUACUGACACCAAAACAUGUGGCUGCAUUUUUUUUAAUUAAUCACAGUCAAAAGUGACACUAUAGAACUAAAAUCUCAAAUUUGCCCUUUAACAUGCG